UGUUUAGAUAUUUAUGAAGUUGACGACUCCGAAGCGGUGAUCUGAACGAGCGUGAAGAGCAACGACUCCGAAACUUCGGCGGCAUAAUGGCGAAGACUCUGCUCCUUCUAGGAUAUUUGUGCGCCACGGGCUAUGCUUUCCUGGACAUCAAAGUUCCAUCGAUGUUGUAUAACAGCCAUUCGGACUCACCGGCUGCGCGUCAUGCCUCGGAGUUUGCCGGCGCGAUGAAAAACUCGAAACUUAUGCGAGAAUUCGUACCGAUUCUCAACGAGCCACCUUCGCUGUGGAAGAACGACAAAAUCAAGUUGAGGAAACCCAAAGCACCAGUUCUUGAGAUCCCGGAGGAGCAUUUCGAAGAACUGAAAGCUGCCUUGCACUUCGUGGAAAUGGAGGAGAAAACUCGGUGUGCGUUACCCAGCCCCCGCGUAAUCUGCGUUCAGGAUCACUACCCGAACGAAGAUAUAGUCUACAGGCCGGCUUGCACCAUCCUGCACAGGUGCAGUACCGAAUCCGGAUGCUGUAAAGACCCGGACAAGGUCUGCUCGGUGAGGGAUCGAGAGAGAGUCACACUCUACUUCGAUGACGCGAGCAAGGACUCUCCAGCUCUGAAACUUACUUUCACCAACCACACGUCUUGCCAUUGUGGAAUGAGCAUCGGAGGGGAGGAAUUCGCAACAAAAGAGGAGGAUUCUCCGUUGGAUAAUGGAGUGCAACACGACGAAGACGAUCGGCACGCCGAAGUAGACGAGAUCGCUUCUUGUCCUAAGUGCCCGAUUCCUUUCAGUAAGAGGUUUUCUCGAGGCAUCUGUCAAUGUGAUUGUUUCGAGGGUGAUACGACGUGCAUAAGGAUAAAAGACGGACGAGAACCGCUGGAGCCAGAGGAGCGUAAUUGUGUCCGACGGAAGAUUUGUAAUGAGCCUUCCUGCUCCACGGGCAGACAUUAUAACGAACGAUUCGGUGAGUGUCGGAAACCAUACUACGAGGAGAUCGUCGGAACAACCGAGACCACAAGCGAACAUCAGAAGUCGAGUGACAUCGGAAAGUCCAAACGGAGGCGUCAUCGGAUGAAGAAGGUCGAGCAUUCGCCGAUCGAAUGACGGGUCCCUCGGAAGAACUAUCAUAUUCCUCAAUUCCACGCUUGAGAUAUCAAUUGAGAUCUUGUACAAAUGAUGUAAAGAGACCGAGUGGCAGGCGGCAGCUACGACUGGGAGUUCCCGCACAGAGCCGCGAGAGAAGAUUUGUGUAUGUAUAUGGCGCGAAAGUUCGAGAAA